CGGAGCUCUGGGCCUGCACUGGUGCCGGCAGGAAGAAGCUGAAAAGACUACUGGGAGGCCGAGCGCGGCGGUGUGGGGCGCCGCACGCGUCUGGGGCUGUGCUCAAGCACGGCAGGCAGCAGCAUGAAGAGGCGAGCAGGGGCGAGCGAGAAAAAAGAAGCCAAGAAACAAAAGCUUCUUGAAGAACUUGGAGAGAGUUGGCUUCCAUAUCUGACACCUAGAGAUGCCGAAUUCCACCAACUGUGGAAGACCAGCUAUUCCAAACUCCUCCUCAGGAAAGCUGAUAAGAUACCCCAAGAACUUCAUCACAUAGUGCAAGAAGCCUUUUUGAUCUUGCAAAAACAUAAUUGUUUCUUCCAAGAUCUUGUUAGGAUCAAAGAAAAAGAUUUUCUUACACCAGUAUCUCGUAUAUUAAUUGGAAACCCAGGAUGCACUUACAAAUACUUGAACACAAGACUAUUUACUGUUCCAUGGCCUAUGGAGGAUUAUGAAGUAAAAUAUUGCCAUCCUGAACUAUUUACAGCUUGUAAAGCUUUAAUCAAACUUAAUGACUACUUGAAUAUAGAAGCAGUCCAGGCUUUGCAAGAACAAAAUGUAUCUGGGACCAAAGAAACUGAAGAUACUGCUGUCACAGAUAGAGAACAGGAUUUUUCUAAUUUUAUUAAGGGGUCCCUCUUAGAAGAUCAAAGCAGUCUUUAUACACCAAGGAAUGACUGCGCCAGUCUGAAGUAUAGAACAUCUUAUAACUUGACUUUAUUGAAUUAUAUGGAUCCUCUACAAAUGCCGUACUUGAAACAAGAGCCUUAUUUUGGAAUGGGGAAUAUGGCAGUGAGCUGGCACCAUGAUGAGAAUCUGGUUGAAAGGUCAACAGUAGCUGUGUACAGUUACAGCUGUGAAGGUUCUGCAAGUGACAAAGUUAAUGAACAGGAUGUGGAAGGGAGAGACCCAGCUGAUUGGCACGUAGGCCUGAAGAUAGCAUGGGACAUAAAGACACCUGGACUGGCAAUACCCCUUCACCCAGGAGACUGCUAUUUUAUGCUGGAUGAUCUCAAUAUGACACAUCAGCAUUGUGUUCUGGCUGGUUUUCAGCCGCGUUUCAGCUCUACCCACAGAGUGGCAGAGUGCUCAACAGGAACACUGGAAUAUAUUUUUGGACAGUGUGAGGUUGCACUUCAGAAUUUACAGGUUGAUUCUGAUUCAGCGGCUUUAUCUUUGAAAUCACUGGAAGUCCAAGUUGUAAAGGAAGUGGAAGGAAUCCAUAACGAGGUCGAAUUUGAGUGGCUUAGGCAGUUUUGGUUUCAGGGCAAACGCUAUAGGAAGUGCACUGAUUGGUGGCUAGAACCAAUGGCUAAAUUGGAAGAAUUUUGGAAAAAGAUGGAGUUUAUGACAAGCCUGGUGCUCGGUGAAGUUGGAAAAGGGGAACGAACCAUGGAACAAAGGAAUGAAAUCAUCAGCUGCUUCUUGCCACUUCUUACGGAGCGACAGGAGCUACGCAAAGAAUGGACAGCAAGAUGCCAAUGCCAGCUUGCAAUGAGUUUGCCAGAAGAGCAAAAGCCAAAGUGCCAUCCCCUCUGGAAGGAUGACGAUCCCAGUAUGCCUCUGCCAUAUGAUCUUGAAGAAGUAAUUGCUAACCUGCAAACUCUGCUUGAGAAAAUGGAGCACUAGAAGAUGUGCUCCCAGUUUAAAAUGACCAGAGCUCCACUUUUCAUCCUUUUAAAAGAAAUGUAGUCAAAAUGGAAUAAAUCUCUUAAAUCAUA